AUGGGAGGAGAAUCCAAUUUUUCAGUUGUUGCACAACCAUUCUUCGACGGAGACAAUUACCAAAUGUGGGUCGUUUGUAUGGAGAUUUAUUUAGAGGCUUUGGAUCUUUGGGAAGAGAUAGAAGAGGAUUACGAGGUCCCUCCGCUUCUAGAAAAUCCUAGUAUAGCACAAAUCAAAGAUUAUCUCAAGGAUGAAUAUGAGGGAGAUGAGAGGAUUCGUGGAAUGAAAGUCCUGAAUUUGAUUAGGGAUUUCGAGUUGCAGAAGAUGAAGGAGUCGGAGUCGGUGAAAGAGUACUCUGACAGACUUCUCAACAUUGCCAACAAGGUGAGAUUGCUUGGUUCUGUGUUAAAUGAUUCCGGGAUCGUUGAAAAGGUGCUAGUCACUGUUCCAAAGAAGUUUGAAGCCACCAUUACUACUCUAGAGAACACCAAAGACUUGUCAAAGAUUUCUCUUACAGAGCUCUUGAAUGCUUUACAAGCACAAGAGCAAAGGAGGUCUAUGAGGCAAGAAGGGGUGAUUGAAGGUGCCUUACCUGCUAAGCAUCAAGACAAUAGUAGGUAUAAAAACAAGAAAUUUUUCAAAAACCAAUCGACGAAUGGAGAUUCAUCUACCAAUUAUCAGAAGACAAAAGGAGGAGGUUUCAAAAAACUCCUAUCCACCAUUGUGAGAAGAAAGGUCUGUUGUAUAUCGAUAAUCGGCCAGGGAAAUCACCGAGAGGAUAUUGUUGACAGGAGGGACGACCUGCAGCAUCUUCUUCACGAUUUCUGUCUCGUUGAUGCUGCCACCGAGUGUGGUGAUGCAGCAUCUUCUUCACGAUCUGGGGUGUGCUUGGUGGAGAGAGAUGCCAACAUCUCUGGGGGCACAGAUCGUAAUAUGGCGGCGAACGCCAGCCGAUCCUCCCGUGUUUGUCAGUUACUUGAUAAAGACUAUAAAGUGUUGUUUGAGAAGAAGCAGUGUUUGAUCAAAGAUGGUAGUGGCAAAGACUUAUUCAAUGUCAAAAUGAAAGGAAAAAGCUUUGCUCUAAAUCUGAUGGAGAAAGAGCAGAUGACCUUUAUAUCCAUAGCUAGUGCCACUGAGAUUUGGCACAAAAGACUUGGGCACUUUCAAUAUCGAUGUUUGCUUCAGAUGCAGUAA